AGCUAUAUGGCAUUCAUUUUGCCUAAGUAUCGACCCAUCGCCCCCAGGAUUGGACUACUACUGUCUAAGCAAAAAAAAUUGGAGAACAAUACCGAAGAUUGUUCUUGGAGUCGUUAAUUUCAACUAUUCUGAAGAAUUCCUUCUUUAGCUGGAUCUUUUGAAUUGGAGAAAAGAAUUUGCCACCAGCAUUCUUUAUUCCAAGCUAGAUUCAAGAAAACUAGACCUUUUUAAUGGCUGAACUCAUUGGGCCAAUCCUUGAUGUUAUUAAGUUCAUCGGUCAUAAUGCUAAAAAAUAUCUAAAAUUCCAAAGGAAAUUCACGGAAUACGUUGAUGAUUUCAAUCAAGCACAAGCGGAUUUGCGUGCCAAGGAGGCAGAUUUUCAACAGCAGUUGGAAGACGAGCAUCACUUCGGGAAAACGCCCAAGCAGGAAGUUAAAAGAUGGUUUGAGAAAGUAGAGCAAAAGCUUGGUCAUGCUCAACAUGUUGAAGACAAAAUCAGUAAAGGAAAAUAUCUCUUCCGCUCAUGCUUGGGGAAGCUUGUUGAUGAGGCGACUCAGGCAAUGAAGGAAGUGCAUGCUGAAGGAAAUUUCUCUGGGGGCUUGGUUGUUAAUGAUCCUUCUACCAUAGCGGUUAAUCUACCUACACCGGAAGUAGUAGGUGCGACCAAUGUUAGAGAAAUAAUUUAUAUGUAUUUGAUGGGAGAUGCAGUUGGAUUGAUUGGUGUGGGGGGGAUGGGCGGAAUCGGGAAAACAACCAUUAUGAAGGAUGUCCAUAAUAGGUUGUUGAAAGAGAGUAAAUUUAGAAAAUUGAUUUGGGUUACUGUAUCUCAAGACUUCGACAUUCGAAGGCUGCAAAAGAACAUCGCUUUUCAAUUGGGGGAAGAGUUGUCAGAUGAUGAUGAUGCAAUCGUCCGUGCAGGGAAGUUAUCAAAAAUGUUGAGAGGACAAAUGAGGUAUGUGCUAAUAUUGGAUGAUGUAUGGGAAAGAUUUUCCCUUGAGGAUGUGGGAAUCCUUGAGCCAACAACAAAUAAUGGAUGCAAAUUAGUGUUGACCACACGUUCAGAAAGGGUUGCUGAAUCGAUGGGAUUUAAGAAAGUUGAAGUUCCUUGUUUUUCUAUGGAGGAAGCCAUGAACUUAUUCUUAAGCAAAGUUGGACAAGACAUGUUGCCCAAUCCAACUUUAGAACCAUUAAUGAAACUUGCUGUGAGGGAAUGUGAUGGACUUCCUCUAGCAGUUGUCUCACUGGCUGGUUGUAUGAGGGGAAAAUCCGAUCCUCGUAUGUGGGAAAAUGCUAUAGAUGAAUUACGAGGCAACAUCAGAAACAUCAACGAUAUGGAAGAUAAGGUGUAUGGAUGUUUAAAAUUCAGCUAUGAUCGUCUACGAGGAAUAGACCAAGAUUGCCUUUUGUAUUGUGCAUUAUAUCCUGAAGAUCAUGAAAUCAAUAAAAAUGAGAUAAUUGAAUAUUGGAUGGAAGAAGGGCUUAUAGAUGAAACGGGAAGUAGAAAAGCAAUGGGGCGUAGCGGUCAUUCCAUCUUGCAAAAGCUUAAAGAAAAUUGUUUGUUAGAAAGGGUUCAGGAUAGGCCAUGUAUAAAAAUGCAUGAUCUUGUUAGAGAUAUGGCAUUGCAUAUCACAAGGAAAAGAUUUCUGGUAAAAGCUGGUAUGCAGUUGAAAGAGGUGCCAAACAUGGAAGAAUGGGGUGAAGAUUUGGAGAAGGUUUCUUUAAUGCGCAAUUUCAUCUCAACAAGUCCUCAAACCAUGAAAUGCCUGAAAUUUCCAAAACUCACAACAUUGUUGCUCUCAAGGAAUGCAUUGAAAGAGAUUCCAGAAUCUUUCUUUGAGCACUUUCCUAACCUUAAGAUUCUUGAUCUUUCUUAUACUCGUUUACAGAGUUUGCCUAAUUCUAUUUCCUUUUUGGAGAAACUCACAGUAUUGUUGCUUAGAGGAUGUUGGAAUUUAAAGAGUUUGCCUUGUCUAUCGAAACUUCAAGCUUUGAAGAAAUUGGAUCUUGGACGCAGUGGAAUCGGUGAAAUCACUCAUCUAACAGGGAUUCCUACUGGAACACUCUCAAAACUAUGCCGGCUUCAGUAUUUGCCAAUUCAUUCAAAAUUGAGAAGCGCAGAAGACUUGAGGGAAUUGAAUAAGUUGGAGGUUUUUGAGGGCUGGUUCCAUAACGUGGGUGUCUUGAACACGUUUGCAAGUAACAGAAAACCGCUUUAUAAAUACUCCAUUCGGGUAGGUUCUCCUGCCGCUGUAGAUCAUCUCUCGACUUCCAGAAAUAUUGUUGGAUUUAGAGGGAUUAAAAUUGAUGUUGGAGAUGAAAUUAUUCUUCCAUACGGCAUCGAGGAAUUAAGUCUAUUGGAGUGCAGGGGUGUGAGAAGUAUAAACGAUAUUGGAUUGAGGAAUGCAACUGCUUUGAAAGGAUGUGAACUUGGUGAUUGUAGUGAGUUGGAAUCUGUAAUUUCAUCCAAGUGUGAUCAGUUUCAAACACUCGGGUCUCUGAAUCUAAGUGAGUUAGAGAAUUUGAAAGUCAUAGUUGAAGUUGGAGCUGGAGAAUCAUCAGUCGGCAUAUUUUCCUCCCUCAAAAAGAUGGGUUCCAAUAAUGAUACCAUCAACUUCCCUUUCCCCAAACUGAGGACGUUAGAAUUGGUUAUUCUAGUACAAUUGCAGCGCAUUUGUAGUGAAAAUGGAGUAAUGGUUUGUGAUUCUCUCCAAUUCAUUACAAUAUAUGAUUGUCCAAAGCUAAAGCGGAUUCCUCUAUAUCUUACACAGCUCGGGAUUGAUGGUGGAGAACUUUCUCCUUCUAGUUCUCUCCAGAGAAUCCAAGUGCAACCAAUAGAUUGGUGGGAAGCAGUAGAGUGGGAGCACCCUAAUUUCAAUAUUAAGAACGUUGUUCGACCCUUAGUUUUGGAGCACCUCAGAUGAAGAUGUUGGACGAAGUCUGUUUAAAACCAUAACAGUACAGUGUAAGCGAAUCUUUUAUCACACAUUUGCAGAUCUUUUUGUUUUAAGUGUUUAUAUAAAAUUUUAAUUAACCAUAAUAAUUUAUUACAACUUAUAUUUCAAUAUGUAAAUAUAUGAUAUUGAAAUAA